GCCCUGACUGGUUUGGCUCAGUGGAUAGAGCGUUGGCCUGCGGACUGAAGGGUCCCAGGUUCGAUUCCAGUCAAGGGCAUGUACCUUGGCUGCGGGCACAUCCCCAGUGGGGGGUGUGCAGGAGGCGGCUGGUCGAUGUUUCUCUCUCAUCGAUGUUUCUAACUCUCUAUGGCUCUCCCUUCCUCUCUGUAAAACAUCAAUAAAAUAUAUUAAAAAAAAAAAAAGAUACCAAUGGUGUAUAUUUCAGAACUAAAACAAACUUAAUAGGAAACCACAAAAGAACCCAAAUAGCAACAGCAAUCUUGAGAAAGAAGAACAAAGUUGGAGGAAUCACACUACCUGAUAUCAAAGUAUACUACAAAGCCAUAGUAAUCAAAACAGCAUGUCACUUUAAAAAAUAGUAACAGUGCCCUAGCCAGUUUGGCUCAGUGGAUAGAGCGUCAGCCUGUGGACUGAAGGGUCCUAGGUUUGAUUCCGGUCAAGGGCACAUACCUGGAUUGCAGGCUCAAUCCCCAGUAGGGGAUGUGCAGGAGGCAGCCAAUCAAUAAUUCUCUCUCAUCAUUGAUGUUUCUAUCUCUCCCUCUCCCUUCCUCUAAAAGCAAAAAAAAAAAAAAAUGAAAUAGUAACAGUUGAGCCUGGCCAGUGUGGCUCCGUUGAGUGUGGUCCCAUAUACCAGGUGGUCACUGGUUCAAUUCCAGCUCAGGGUACAUGCCCAGGUUGUGGGCUCAGUCCCAACUAGGGGAUACAGUAAAAUUUCAGACAUUUCACAUAGCAAUAUUGUUUCUGAUGUAUCUCCUUGGGCAAAGGAAACAAAAGAAAAAAACAAAUGGGACCACAUCAAACUAAAAAGGUUUUGCACAGCAAAGGAAGCCAUCAACAAAAUAAAAAGACAACCCACUGAAUGGAGAACAUAUUCACCAAUAAGGGGGUAUAAGAUGGCCAAUGGACAUAUGAAAAGAUGUCCAAUGUCACUAAUCAUCAAGAAACACAAAUAAAAAACAGUGGAGGUAACACCCCACACCUGUCAAAUGGCUGUCAUUAAUAAAUCAACAAACACCCUAACCGGUUUGGCUCAAUGGAUAGAGUGUCGGCCUGCAGACUGAAGGGUCCCAGGUUCAAUUCUGGUCAAGGGCAUGUACCUUGGUUGUGGGCACAUCCCAGUAGGUGGGCAGGAGGCAGCUGAUUGAUUUUUCUCUCUCAUCGACAUUUCUAACUAUCUCCCCCCCUUCCUCUCUGUAAAAAAAUCAAUAAAAUAUAAAAUAAAAUAAAUCAACAAAGAAGUGUUGGCAAGGAUGUGGAGAAAAUGGAACCCUUGUGCAGUGUUGGUGGGAAUGCCAAUUGGUGCUGCCACUGUAGAUACAGUAGGGAGUUUCCUCAAAAAAUAAAAUGGAACUGUCUUAUGACCCAGUGAUUCCACUUCUGAGAACAUAUCUGAAGGAACCUGAAACACUAAUUCAAAAGAAUAUAUGCACCCUGUGUUCAUUGCAGCAAUAUUUACAAUAGCUAAGAUUCGGAAGCAACCCAAGUGACCAUCCAUGGAUGAGUGGAAAAAUAGCUGUGGCACAUUUACACAAUGGAAUACUACUCGGCUGUAAAAAAAAGAAGGAAAUCUUUCCCUGGCUGGUGUGUUCAGUGGUUAGAGCAUCGGUCACGCACAAGGGUCUUGGGUUCAAUUCUUGGUCAAGGGCAUGUACCUGGGUUGCUAGUUCACUCCCCACUCCCCUGGUCUCUACACAUUUGGGAGGCAACCAAUUGAUGUAUCUCACAUCAAUAUUUUCCUCCCUCCCUCCCUUUCCCUUCCCCCCUCCUUUCACUCUCUCUGAAAAGCAAUGGAAAAAAUACCCUCUGGUAAAGAUUAACAAAAAAAAAGAAAGGAAAUCUUACCUUUUUCGAUAGCAUGGAUGGGCCUGGAGAGUAUUAUGCUAAGUGAAAUAAGCCAGUCAGAGAAAGACAAAUACCAUAUAAUCUCACUUAUAUGUAGAAUCUAAUAAACAAAAAAAUUGAAACAGACUUAUAGAUACAGAGUUCAGACUGACAGCUGUCAGAAGGAAGCGGGUUGGGGGCUGAGUGAAAAAGGCAGGCAAGGGGAUUAAGGGGGGAAAAGCAGACAACAGUAUGGUGAUACAAGAGGGAAAAGGGGCGCAGAAGGUAAAGGGUGGGUAAAUGGUGACAAAAGAGACUUAACUUGGGGUAGUGAACACACAAUACAAUAUACAGGUGAUAUAUUAUAGAAUUGUAUACUUGGGACCUAUCUAAUUUUAUUAACCAAUGUCACCCCAAUAAAUUCAUUAAAUUUUUUUAAAAAGAUAUUUGGGAAAAAAAAACACCGAUUUUCCUCUGAGACCAAGAUAAGCACAAUCUCCCUCAGACAUUUGACGUCGACAGCCUGUUGGGCAGUCCAGUUUCCUUGGUUAAUUUACUGCCAUUUACUGAAUGCCGGCCAUGUGUCAGAAGAAUAAGAUACAGCGUCAGUGGUACCUUAAUCAUUAUCCUCCCGAACUGGAAUGGACCCACGAGGACUCCCACGUCAGUUUCGGAGGCCCCGCCCCCGGGCCUCUGUGACGUCAGAGCAGCCCCCCUGCUCCCCUCUGCUGGCCGCAGCCGCUGCGCUCUCUGGCUUGGCCCGUUAGAGGCCGCUUUGGUCCGGGGAACGCGGGCGGACCGUCUGGGCCAUGAGGAAGCUCGGUGCUGGCUUCCUCCUCUCGCUCCUGAAGGUGCUGCUCUUGCCUUCAGCUGCCCCCGGCGGCGGCGGCGAGGAUUCAGUUCCGACCUCCACGCCCGGGAGCCCCCUCUCUCCCGCCGAAUAUGAGCGCUUCUUCGCACUGCUGACCCCCACCUGGAAGGCAGAGACUACCUGCCGUCUGAGAGCCACCCACGGCUGCUGGAACCCCACCCUUGUCCGGCUGGACCAGUAUGAGAACCACGGCUUGGUGCCCGACGGUGCUGUGUGCUCCGACCUCCCUUAUGCCUCCUGGUUCGAGUCCUUCUGCCAGUUCACUCAGUACCGUUGCUCCAACCAUGUCUACUACGCCAAGAGGGUCCGAUGCUCCCAGCCAGUCCCCAUUCUCUCACCUAACGCUGACCAGGAGACAGACUCUUCUACUGAAGCACAGCCCUCCACCAUGACCUCCCCCAUGCCAUCCCACAACACAGCCACAGAACGGCAGGCCUUCCAGCCCUGGCCCGAACUGCUCAAGAACAAUGUGGAGGAGCUGCUGCAAGCCUCCAUGUCCCUGGGAGGCCCAGAGCGGGUGUCAGGCCACAAGCAGGGUCAAAGGCAGGAGCAACAACAGGAGCAAGGACAAAAACAUAAACAGGAGGGAGAGCAGGAGCAGGAGAAACCAGAGGAGGAGGAGGAGGAGGAGGAGGAAGAGGAGGAGGAGGAAGAGGAGGAGGAGGAAGAGGAGGAGGAGGAGGAGGAAGAGGAGGGGAAGGGGAAGCAGGAGGAAGGACAGGGAACAAGGGAGAGACUGCAUACCAUGUAUGGGCUGCAGACAGACUCAGAGCCCAAGCACCAGGCUAGUUUAUCUUCCAACCCUUUGUCCUUCGCUGCCCGGGUGCGGGAAGUGAAGUCUACGCCUUUGAUGACGGAGAAGAUCCAGGAGCUCAGUCAACCUGCCCAGGAAAUGGAUGAAAUGAGUGAGGUGUUUGCUGAAGACUCUGCUUGGAGAAGCCAAAACUCUGGCAGCCUCUUGCAGCUGCCCCAUGAGGAGGCCUUACUGGUGAUGUGCUAUUCCAUUGUGGAGAACACCUGCAUCAUGACCCCCACAGCCAAGGCCUGGCGGCACUUGGAGGAUGAGAUCCUUGGUUUCGGGAAGUCGGUCUGUGACAGCCUUGGGCGGCACCACCUAGCUAUCUGUCCCCUCUGUGCCUUCUGCUCCCUGAAGCUGGAGCAGUGCCACUCGGAGGCCAACCUGCAGCGGCAGCAGUGUGACGGUUCCCACAAAACACCCUUCAUGAGCCCCUUUCUCUCAUCCCAGAGCAUGGCCAUCGGCAUCCAGAUGGGGAAUGUAAAAUCGAGCCGCUAUUACGGGCUGGAUAUUUAUGGCGGGCUCCGCAUGGAUUUCUGGUGUGCCCUGCUAGCCACGAAGGGCUGUGAAGAUACUAGAGUAGCUGGCUGGCUCCAGGCUGAGUUCCUUAGCUUCCAGGAUGGGGAUUUCCCCACUAAGAUUUGUGACACAGACUAUGUGCAGUACCCAAACUACUGUGCCUUCAAAAGCCAACAGUGUCUGAUGAGAAACCGGGAUCAGAAGAUAUCCCGUAUGAGAUGCCUGAAGAACGAGAGUUACAAUAUCUUGACCCCCGCCAGAAGCGAGGACCUUGUGCUUCGAUGGAGCCAGGAGUUUAGCACCUUGGCUCUAGGCCAAGCCGGAUGAGCUGGGAUUCUUCCUGUCUCCACCUCAACCCAGACUGUCCACAUUCUCCAUUGCUUUCUUACUCCAUUGGCCAUCAGUUUGUGCCCAGGCUGCCCCUUUUGUGUCUCUUACCUGGUCCCUACCCACGUUUUCCUUGGGUCGGGGCAGGAGUCCCUGAAAGUGAUGGAACUCCACCCGCCUUAAAGGAUGUCUUUGCAUAAAGUGUUUAUUUUCAA